UGCAGUAAACAACUAGUGCUAUGCAAGCCUCCCUCUCCUUCCACACUCUUUCACGCCGUUUCUUCCGGCAGGUGUCUGAUGACCUGGGCUACGUGAUCUACUCCGCACUGGGCAGCUUCUACAUCCCCAGCUGCAUCAUGAUCUUCGUCUACAUCCGUAUCUACUACGCCGCCAAGGCCCGGGCCCGGCGGGGCGUGCCCAAGAAGAAACCCGUCCCCGGGGCCGCGGCUCGGCCGCCAGCGGUAAAGUCUCCCAAAAGUAAGACAGGCUGCAAGACUGACAGACACAACGCCACCGCCACCACCACCACCAGCUUCUCCAAGCCCAUGGCUCCCUCCCCCGUCCCCGCCGCCGACGACUCCCGGAACGGGGCCAACGAGCGGUCGGGGCUGCUCAACAAGAAGGUGCUCAUCUGUGACGUGCGCGUGCACGAGGAGGUGUCGCCCUCCAGGUGCGUCACGCCCACCGACGACCUGACGGAGGACAUCCCGCUGCGGACGGUGAGCGAGCAGGUGGACGCCGACCACCGUAACCACAAUACUAAGAACGAGAAUGGCCUCUACCUGGGCCCUCUCGGCCCCGACAACCCUGACCUGACCAUCGGCCUGCCCACGCCCUCGGUACCCCCCACGCCCAUCCGAGAGCCUAACAACAGCAACGUGGGCGGUGUGACCAUUGCGUCUCCCGCGGGUUCCCUGCGGCACGGGGUGUCAACGGCCUGCAUGGACGGCGACCAGCUGAGCGAUAUCGACCCGUCAUCGUCAGACUCCGGCGUGGUGACGCGGUGCUCGGUGGUGAAGCCUCUCAAGCUGAGGUUCUGCCACCCGCUGCUGGGCAAGAAGCUUACCAAGCCCAAGCGGGAGCUGAUCGACAUGGGGCGAGUGUCCACGCCCAAGGCUCGUGACCCAGAGAAGGAGAAGAGGCGGCUGGCGCGCAAGAAGGAGAAGCGAGCCACGCUGAUCCUGGGCCUCAUCAUGGGGUCCUUCAUCGCUUGCUGGUUCCCGUUCUUCUUUAUGUACAUCUUGGGGCCGCUGUGCCCUCUCUGCUACAUCCCUGGGUACGCCUUCGACCUCGCCUUCUGGCUGGGCUACAUGAACUCUGCCUUCAAUCCUGUCAUCUACACUAUCUUCAACAAGGACUUCAGGCGAGCCUUCAGAAAGAUCCUCUUCAAAUAAGUAGUGUAUUGGCGUCCGUGCAGGCGAACAGCUCUGAAAUUUUGCUCAUCUAUGCCGAGUGACGCUGCCUCGACCCGCUGCACGCGAUUCAGAACUACGAGUUACGAGCAGCACGCAAAGGAGGCAACUCUGACCUCUCAAAAUGAUUUGUACAAGAUUUUUUUAGAGUGCUAUUUAUACUUUAAGUUCCACCGUUCAUGACAUGACGUAAAAGAAAUUUUGACGCCAUGAAUAAAAUGGAAAGCGGACCAAUGGCUGACCCCAUGGGAUCAAUUACUGUGCUUUUAGAGACGUGGCGGGGCGGGCGGGCAGGGCGCAGGGGGGCGGAAGGCCUCGAGCCCCAACCUGCGCGCCAGAGCGACCCUGAGUUGCCUGCGGCGCCACCUUGGGUUGUACACAAUACGCUUCAACACACACCUGAGAUAAUUAUCAUUAUUAUAUUGUUUUCAUGAGAGAUGCAAACUACCACGUUAAGGUUUCUUCCUGUUGAAUAUGCACCGUGACCGCCAGUUUUACUUGGCGUGCAUACAAAGUAGCGUUGCCUGUGUGCAGGUGUAUGUGACCUGUAACACAGCAUUGGUCUGUGAACUCACAUAUAGAUGCCACACACGUAUAGUCAUUGAUAUGUACAUGUAAAUGUUGUAAUUGUACUAUUUUCUUGUUGAUGCCUAAUGACUGGCAAGGGCGGAGUACCGCAGUAUCUCGCGAGCGGCCGUGCGCAGCGGCCCGCGCGUGGCGGGAGGGUGUCCCAGCAACGAAGGUGGUGCAGGGUGGUGGUGGUGGGGGCGGUGCAGGUUGCCGCAGGUCACAAGCUUCACUGACAACGACGAAAGGCGCAGGUCAGUAAUGAGCGUGACCACGAGGUGAAGGGAAGACGUUCGUGCGGUGAUGGUGACGAGAGAGAGGGAGAAGUCCAGGCCGCCCGCUACCCAUCAGCGUCAUCACUUCAGGAGUUAUCAUCGAAGUAGUUCACUCGCUGCAGUAUUCAGGCCAGAGGCAAGCUGAGUCCCUCUGGCCUUAGUUUUGUGGCGCCUCAGCCCGGCCAGGAGGGUGUCCCGGGCAGGGCUGCAGGCCUGCGCAGCCCCGCCCUCCCCAUGCCUCUCCCGACAUGAGGCGUGGGGAGGGUCGGCUGUCGUGUAGAGUCUUUGUGUAGCCAGCGACGUAGUCAAGUAUGGACUUUUUUUCUUAUUAAUAUCGUAUAUUCACCAGCAACGCGCCGAAAUGCUGCACAGAUUAAUAGUCUUUCUACUUAUUUCUGAAAUUAAAUUCAAAGCUGAGAUAAUCACGCUCAGCACGCGCAGCCAAGGCUUAAGCCCCUCAUCAAACAUUCAUAAUUUCUAAAUGAUGAAUGAACUCUAUUUCCUUUUCCAUGUCAAUAAGGUGCAGCAUUUCGCCACGCUGGGAUUUUGUCAUCAGGACGAGGAAAUAAAAUAAAUACACACGCGCAGUAGUGAAUGGACGAGAGGUGUGAGCAGCAACGGGUGACGAGCCAUUUUGUAUCUUGCAUGAGUCUUUAUUCAACGGCGCGUGUAAAUAAAGGCGAGGAGGGAAGGUUUGACCAGCGGUCCACAGGGAAGCGAGGGCGGGUGGUCAAGGUAGGACACUCGAGAGGGUUGCCUGUUUGGCCUUUUUGUACGUUUCAUUGCGUCAGGCGUUUCCUUUCCGAGUUUCGACAGUAGUAGUUACCAUCGCCAUCACAGCCCCCGUCAUCUUUUUUUACCGUUGUCAUCCUCAUCCCUCACCCUCACCCUCAUCUUUGGUACAGUGAUCACCCUCACCACCAUCGCUUCACGUCAUCAUCACCACCACCACUCACCAUCACCAUAAGACAAGCUAUUGUUUAUGACCACCUGCCCUCCGAAGAACAGACGCACACGUGUAGGCAAGUCCUGCGUACACGGCAGAUACGUGCGCAAGGAGAGCAAGGAAUGAGACGAGAAAUGCUGCAGAGGAUUUUUACGAUAACUUAACCUAAGAGUCACGUUUUUAUCAAGGUGGUGAGGGAAGGAACAGGCCGGAGGAAGGCCCCUUCUUCUCACCUGGCCACCGCAAACACCUGUGAUGGUUAGUUAUUAGUGAAUCACCGAGGAGGAGGAGGAGGGGAGGGCUAACCUUUGCCUCUGUCCCUCUUCACAACGCAAGACUCACUACACCCAAACCAAUACACUUUUCAAUAUUAGUCCUUGCUCCUGAUGUAGAGGAGACUUGCCUAUACACACACACACUCACACCUAAACAUACACACGCAUACAAACGCAAAGGGUGAUAAGGGACACAGGCACAUCCCUCUCCUCUUUCCUAUAGGCCUUAGGCUGUAUCUGUUACCCUGAGCCCGACCAGACACAGCCCGACGCCUCUCCAUUCCUUCAUUUCAUCUCUCCUUCCUCCAUCUAUCCGUCUCUCUCUCUCUUUCUCGUUUCCAUUCCUUCAUCUAUAUUUCUUUAUUCUUUUCUUCCUUCGCACCCUUCUCCAUCCCUCUUCCAUUCCUUCCCUCCCUCCAUCCCUCCUUCCUUCCCUUCCUGCAAACGUGUCUCUUUCAUUCACCCCUUAUCAAGUUUUCUUUCUGUUAUUCCCUUUUACUCGUUUUGCUUCAGUUAUCCCUUGCCACUUCCCGUUCUAACACUUUCUUUUUACGAGUUUUCCGUUUUUCUUUCUUUAUUUUUCCAUGCAAUUUCAUGAAAAAGUGAAAUGUUUUCUCAUUUUUUUCCUUAAGUAUAAGUGUAACUAUCUCUCUCUCUCUCUCUCUCUCUCUCUCUCUCUCUCUCUCUCUCUCUCUCUCUCUCUCUCUCUCUCUCUCUCUCUCCUUGCCACCACCACCGCCACCAUCACCACCGCCACAACCACCACCACCACCACUACCACCACCACCACCACCACCAAAACAAGCUAAGUAUGCCUCACCGUGGUAUAUUCUCGUAGUGAUGUUAUCCUUGUUGGUAGAUCGAUUCCUGUCUGUAGCGUAUGGCCGCCGAUGGUCUCGAGAAUCGGCACAAAGGCCAUACUGUUUGCAUACUCCGUGUGUAAAUAGAUUAAUUUUCUUUCACGUAUGCAAGAGUGGCUGUGCUUUGUGAAUGUGGCUGUGUUGUGCGUGCAGUUUGGGUUAAAAAGGAUGUCUACGUUAGGAAGGUUAAAUGACAUGUGAGUGAAAGAGGUAGAGAAAGAAGAAGACCAAGAGCGAGAGAGAGAGAGAGACAGAGAGAGAUUAAAGGAAGGGGAGCUAAAAUAAAAGAAUAAAGGAAAGGGGAAAAUAACAAAAAAAAAAUCAAGAAACAGAAGGGAAAGAUGUAGAGGCAAAAUAAACUUGAGAUUACGAAGGGAUUCAAAUGUAAAUUGAAGGUGAGACUGAAAGAGUGAAGGUGAGGAGAAGAGGAGGAGGAAGAUAAGCAACGAAGGAAGGAGUAAUAGAAAAGAACAAAACCAUCUGGGAAAUGAUCGUGUGGAAGAUUGGAAGAAGAUUGCAAGUGGAGGAGAAAGAAGAGAAAGAGAGGAAGAGGAAGAAAAGUGGAGAUGUGAAAAGAAAGAAAAAGAAGUAAAAACGUAAUUAGGGAAACUAAGAGAUAGAAAAGUAAUUCCAGUGAAAGAAAAGGUUGUCAUUUUUUACGGAGAUGAAAAUGUGAAGAAAGAGAGAGAGAGAGAGAGAGAGAGAGAGAGAGAGAGAGAGAGAGAGAGAGAGAGAGAGAGAGAGAGUAAAUUCAAACAUAUUAAAGCGAAAGAAAUGCAUUAUUAUUAUUAUUAUUAUUAUUAUUAUUAUAUUAUUAUUAUUAUUACUAUUAUUAUUAUUAUUAUUAUUAUUAUUAUUAUUAUUAUUAUUAUUAUUAUUAUCAUUAUUAUUAUUAUUAUUAAUAUUAUUAUUAUCAUAUUAUAAUUAAUAUCAUUGUAGUAGUAGUAGUAGUAGUAGUAGUAGUAAUAGUAGUAGUAGUAUCGUUACUAUGUUCGCUGUUAUUACGUAUACCGCUAUUAUUAUUAUUAUUAUUAUUAUUAUUAUUAUUAUUAUUAUUAUUAUUAUUAUUAUUAUUAUUAUUAUUAUUAUUAUCACUAACGCCACUCAUUUUCCACCACCAGUCAAGGUCCGUGGCUUUCAUAGACACAUGAAAAAAUAUUGCAAUAAUCAUGAAUUUAUAAAUGAAAAAGUUUUCGCAUAAAUUUAUUCUACGACAUCCAGAGAGAGAGAGAAAGAGAGAGAGAGAGAGAGAGAGAGAGAGAGAGAGAGAGAGAGAGAGAGAGAGAGAGAGAGAGAGAGAGAGAGAGAGAGAGAGA